CCAAGUUUGAACUAACCGACGUCCUGAGAAUCUGUAAGAAUUGCUACCCUGAAUCCUGAUCAUUUCAGGAGCUAUUGAUGCUAUAACGGUUGACGUAUAGCCAGCGGAAUGUUUAUGCGUAAGAUGGUUCGCUGCCCGGAGGCGGGGUGUCUGACCGUUCUUCAGAAGAUGUAUGGACAUGAGGUCUGCCAGUCUCAUGCCAGCUGCGCCAUCCAACUGGAGGGACUCUUGGUCUGGCACCCAGAAGCCUGCGAGGUGUGUUACGGCCUCGUUAGGAACGUGACAGAUGAAUCGGUUGAUCCGACGCUCAAGGCCUCCUCGCUGAUGACCCUCAAGGCCUGGGUAGGGGGGUUUAGGAGGAACGUCGGAUCUGGCCGCCCCUAUGUGCUGUCGGAGGAGAUGUGUUUUCUCCUCUACCCAAACGCUAAGGUUUCGGCAGCAGUAGCGGCGGAAGUGGCGGCUCCCAUUAUAGAGCGGAUCCGCCAAGAGACCCAAGCCCUUCCGGAGGACCAAGAGGGCUUGUGUGCGAAAAUGACAGAGGUGACGGCCAUCAGCCUGCAUAGAGAGCACAUGACCAUCGAGGACCAGGAGGAAGGUAGGGAGGUAGGUGAGGCAGGUAAUUGUGGGGCUAAUGUACUCUCCUUCAGCCCAACUCCUUCUUCUUCUUCAUCUUUUCAGGGCUUCUCUGCGAAGUCCACGACCUUUUGUGAUAGGUCGGGCUCAGUAAUCCCCAAGGUGAAAACCUUAAAGACGAAGUCCCUGCCGAAGGCAGUUAGACCAGUCAAGCCUUCUCCGGCAGGCUCCGCCAGGUCGUCAUUGGCCCCCAAGCCUUCGACUUCCAAAGCCAGACAGACGGAGUCCGACUUCGACCAGGAGGCUUUCACCACUCUUCUCAUGAAGAUGGUGAACGAAGUAGUAGUGGACUCGAGACUUCAGUCGAUGUCCACGCAACUCGCCUUGGGUCUAGAGACAUCCGGACAGUCCAUCCCAUCUCUGGCCCAAAAAUUACAGACCCAGGAGGAAUUGGUGGCUGGAUUUAUCCAUUCCGGAUGCACACCGCAGUCCUUUGUGUUGCCGGACGCAUCCAAGCUCCCGCCAUUUGAGAAUAGCAACCCAUGGCGGUUGGCUCUGCAUGCUCCCUUUUCAGAGGGCAGACUUACAAUUGAGGGUUGCGGAACCCGACCCGUGGAAGACUAUGAGUUCUUCCCGCCGGGCCUACAAUUCCCCUUCCCGGGCUACGCUAGGCUUGCCGAGGAAGCGUUGGUCAGGGUAGACAAGGUCCCGGAAGAGACAGUGAUCUACCCUAGAGAUCAGGCUCAGUCGGCAUGGGUCCGCAUCCUUACGGAAUGGGAGUGCGUCAACACCGAGUUGAUGCCUCACAACGGUUGCUAUGCCAUGUUCGUAGCGCCGGAUAACAUCCCGACACCUUGCACAUCGAAGAUCACAGAAUUGACACUACAGGCCGGAAUGGAGAAUAAACCCAUGCCUCAGCUAAAAGAGACGGAGGCUACCUCUUUGCUCUUUCCCAGAGAUCUGGAGUGUUGGGUUGGCGCUCCGGCAACGUUCACAGUGGGUAGACUCAGCCCGGAGUGUGCCAUGACACAAUUCGGUGAACGUUUGCCUAGAAUUCCGGACUCCAUGUUAAAGGCGGAAUUCGAAGCAAGAUGUAGGCUGAGCAGGUCAAUUAACUCAGUCACCACUGCAGAGUUGACAGCUUCUGUCUUUGCAGAGGAGCCCCUAUUCCGGGUCCUGACGAAGUCGAUGCUUCAGGCUUAUCAAUCGGACCUGUAUAAUUUCAUAGUAGCUAGACGAGCCUGCAGGAAGCAUGUCUUUGCUAAUGCCUCCAUCAGGCAUGAGCCUGACAAGCUCAUAAAUGCAUCAAUCUGGGGGGCUAACAUCUUUCCUGAGGACAUGGUUAACAGCGUCCUCAGCGAGGCGGCUAGGGCUAACCAGAGCCUUCGUGACCGCUGGGGACUUAACUUAAAAAGGAAUGCCAAACGUAAGAGGUGUCCUAGGCAGUAUAAGUCUUCCCAGACCUCUCAGCCUCAAGCAGUGGUACAGGCAGUUCCUGUCUCUCAAAUAAGUAAGCCUUCGACAUCUAAGGCACAACCACAACAGCAGAUCAUCUACGCAAGGGGUAGCAGAGCAAGAGCUGCUUACCGACAGAGAGUUGGCUCUAGAGUUCCCUCAAAAGGCAGAGGUUUCAGAGGAGGCAGAGGAAGUAAGACCUCAACCAGUCAAUGAGUCUCUCCAGGUAGGUGUGAGACUGUACCUCUCCCGGGAUCAUUGGACCUUCAGUACGUGGGCCCACAGUAUUGUAUCGAAAGGUCUGGGGUGGAGAUGGAUAAAAGGGCCUCCUCCACCAGUCAGUUUCCAUCAAAUUCCAAUGACAGACCUUCUAGACUAUGCCAAAGACCUUCUUCAAAAGAAGGCAGUAAAGAAAGUUACUCACCUGAAAUUUCAGUAUAACCCUUCUCAGGAAAACAUUAUUUUUAAUGAGUCUGGCCUCAGGCGCCAGAAUAUCUGAACUGUCGGCUCUCUCUAGAGAACCAAAUCAUAUUGAUUUCCUCCCGUCAGGAGAAGUUCUGCUCUCUCCAGAUCGGAAAUUCUUAGCAAAGAAUGAAGACCCACAAAACAGGUGGUCUCCAUGGAAGAUGUCCCUCUUCCACAGGACCCAUCAUUAUGUCCUAUUAUUACAUUAAAAUCUUAUCUGGGCAGAAAUUCUAAAAAGUCUUCAGGUCCUCUUUUUAUUAGAGAGAAUGGUGGAACCAUUUCCUUGAAGGCCAUCAGACAACAAAUUCUUUCUUUUAUUAAACAAGCCAAUCCAGAUUCAGUCCCUCAUGUCCAUGAUAUCUGGGCAGUGGCUACUUCAGUUAAUUAUUUUCAUCAUAUGAACUUCGAGGAUCUUAAAAAAUAUACGGGUUGGAAAUCCCCGACAGUAUUUAAACGUCACUAUCUGAAAACUCUAGAGGCCCUUAAUUAUAUUCGGCAGUGGCUGCAGGGAACAUUGUCUCCCCUGAUACGGCGUAGUUAUGUAAUUCUAAACCUGUAUUUUAUUAUUUUGCUAUUAAUUAUCUUUUGGUACUCACUCUCACCUACCUGCCUCGCUUGUAUUCCCUGCCUUUCUGCCGUUUGUUCUGGACUGGAUUGCUCAUCAACCCACUCCUGUACAUGUGCAUAGUUCUUUAAUAUGUUUGUUUUUAUGUUUAUUACUUGUUGCAUUUUCUUGGUGAUAGUAUGGAUUUGGUCAUAUUAGGUGCUAUUUACCAUCUGUAAUUUAUUAUCCUUACCUUGGUUAUUAA